UCCUGUCUCUCCUGAGCUUUUUACUCCUUCACUGCAAACGAGAGCGAAGCGGUGGCCUAUUCCGCCACCUAAUGGAAAAACAGAACUCCGCAGUGUUUAGACAGUAGCAGUAUAUUUUGCCCAUGAAUGACUCUGAAGGGCUGACUGCAGCCUCCGCUCCUCCUCCCUCCACUCUGUCCUCCUGGAUUCAUUUGAGAGCAAACUUGUGGAGCAGCUGGAUGUGUCACAGGGAUUAAACACUCACCUGAAAUCCUUGGAUCAUCUCAUCUGGAGAAGGGUACCUGGAAAUAAUACAUUUUAAAUGGAGAAAAGAACUCUACAGCCAAUGAGUUUCUAAAAGAAAGGAAUGAGUUAAAGGAGCCCAGGAGGAAGAGGGUCGAGUAAUUUUGAAGGUAGCAGGAAGACAGAGCUGGCUGCGUGGACCUUUUCAGCCCCGGACUUCCCCCAGGGCAGGUAAGCCUGCAGAGAGGGGAAAGCCACUCACAACUCCUCUUCAUGUGCAAACACUAGCGAAUGACCCAAAGGGAGCGAAGUGGAGAUAUAUCUAUAUCUAUGAAAGAAAAGACCAAAUGGGAGCAAAGGGGCGUUGCAGAAAAAGGAAAGCUCAACUGAAAGGCCUGGUCCCAAGGAAGGGAGAGCUGUGAAGGGGACACUGCAGCUCACAGAGAGAGGCUCCCACACCCUCAGCUCAAUCUAGCAAAAGGCACUGGAUGGGAAGCAGCCAGCCAUGGAUACUCUCUGCUUGUUCGCAAGUGACCCGUGGAUGUACAACUGCUCCUUGAGCAAUUCCAGCGUGGAGAACCAGACGUCCCAAAGCAACAGAACUCACGUGAAGCGGAAUGAGAACGUUGCCAAGGUGGAGGUGGCCGUGCUCUGCCUCAUCUUCUUCCUUGCCCUGACUGGAAACCUGUGCGUGCUGGCGGCUAUCCACACGACCCGCCACAAGCACUCCCGCAUGUACUUCUUCAUGAAGCACCUGAGCAUCGCUGACCUGGUGGUGGCCGUCUUCCAGGUUUUGCCUCAGCUCAUCUGGGACAUCACCUUCAGGUUCAUUGGGCCAGAUUACCUCUGCAAGUUGAUCAAAUACCUGCAGGUGGUGGGGAUGUUUGCAUCCACUUACAUGCUCUUGCUGAUGUCCCUGGAUCGGUGCUUGGCCAUCUGCCAGCCUUUGAGGUCCUUACGUAGGAGGUCGGACCGAAUGUCUGUCCUCCUCACUUGGAUGGUGUGCCUUCUGUUUAGCAUCCCGCAACUCCAAAUAUUUUCCAUGCAGGAUGUGGAUAAUGGGGUGUUCGAUUGCUGGGCAAAUUUCAUCCAACCCUGGGGACCUAAAGCUUACAUCACCUGGAUAACCUUGACUGUGUACGUUAUCCCUGUGGUCAUGCUGACCAUCUGCUAUGGGCUGAUCAGCUUCAAGAUUUGGCAGAAUGUGAAGCUAAAGACCCUUCACGAGACCAAUGUGAACUUGACCUCUAGGAAUCCCCAUGGAGGCACCCUCUCCAGGGUCAGCAGUGUCAAACUCAUUUCCAAAGCCAAGAUCCGGACUGUCAAAAUGACCUUCAUUAUAGUCUUAGCUUUCAUUAUGUGCUGGACUCCUUUUUUCAUUGUGCAGAUGUGGAUUGCGUGGGACGAACAUGCUCCAAAAGAAGAAGUGGCGUUCAUCAUCACCACCCUCCUAGCAAGUCUGAACAGCUGCUGUAACCCCUGGAUCUACAUGCUUUUCACAGGCCAUCUUUUCCAUGACCUCUUGCAUCGCUUCCUCUGCUGCUCCUCUCGGUACUUAAAAUCUCGGCAAGGAUGUGACCUGAGCGUUAGCAAGAAAAGCAACUCCUCCACCUUCGUCCUGAGCCUCAAAAGCUCCAGUCAGAGGAGCUUCACUCAGCCGUCCACAGCGUGAGGAGGAGAACUGUGCCUCCAAGAACUGUGCCACAACGAGAUGGGCAGACUGGCCUUAGCGUGUACAUACUUAAAAAUAUGAAAUAGAGGUAUACAGGAGUGUUUGGAUGUAAAUACAUAUAUACAUAUAUAUAAUAUAUUACAUAAAAUAUAUUAAAAUGUGUGUAUGAUGUGCAGGGUACUCAUUAUUUAAGGAGCAGGAUAGCAGAAAGACAGCUAUAGUCUAAGUAGUAGUUCACAGAACGGAUAACUCAAGGUUCCAGUGCUGUGUUUUUAAAAGACACAAUGGACUCCACAAGUCAUUGAAGCCAUAAGGCAACAUCUGCCCACAGGUACAAAGUGGAGGACAGCUCCUAUUUGAACACUAUUAGAGCAUGGAUCAGAUAGAAGUGGAGGCGUUUUAGGAGACAAACUACACUUGCAAUAGAAUAACUAUCUCCCUGCCCCAUAUUAACUUUUCAGGCCAGGGAGUGAGAUCAAAUGUGGAAAUGCCCACCACAAAAUGAACUUUCAGAUAGAGAUGGGUUGAAAUGCUCCAUGCCAUUUAUUCAUGCCCCCAAAGAGCAGUUUGGCCCAUUGCAUUUCAAUGUUAAUGUGCAUCUUUUUUAUUUAUUUUUAAAAAUUAUCCAUGCAGAAUUAAGACCUUUUUUGAUUUGGUGGUCUGAGCAAGCUCACCUUUAUUAUUAUUAUUAUUAUUAUUAUUAUUAUUAUUAUUAUUAUUUUAAAAAAAUUAAAGACAAAUAAUUGCCACUUGGAGAAGCUUGAAACCAAAUGACUACUGGAAGUGAUAGGGGCAUGAUAACAUCCCAUUGCUCACAGAGACUUCUAAAAAAAUAAUAACUGCAGCAAAAUAAAAACAAAAUGACUAUCCCCAGGAUUUGUAGUGGAGACACAUUUCACCAGCUGCCGGCACUGUCUCAUAACUAAAUGCCAUUGGCAUGCCGACAAUCACAGACUGCAAGAUAUUGACUACCAAGAUAUCGAAUAUUAUUUAUUUUGCAUUUAUAUAUAUAUACCACUUAAUGCCAAAAAGGGAGGGGGGAGCUUCUAAGCAGUUCACACAGUUUAAAAGCAAGUUAUACAAACUGUUAAAAUAUAAAUAUUCAUAAUUAAAAUACACAGUUAAGAACAGGACACUCAGGUUAAGAAAUCAACAUAAACUGAUGCAUCUUCAAAAGCUGUUAGAAUGCCAAUGCAGACGGGGCCUCUUACAUUUAAGCAGAGAAUUAAUUCUUCAACACCAGUGCUACUAGUGAAAAAGCUUACCACCGCAAUCCCACAAACUGAUGGUCAUCAGACUGUGACCAGGCUAACCAGGUUCCAUUUUUUAAAAAAAUCUUAAUGCCCUUGCCAGGCAGUGGAAGGGAAAUCUGGGUAAAUCUGUUCCCGAGUUGUUGGGGAUUUUAUAUGUAAAUAGCCCUGGCUUGGUGGCUAACAGGCAGCCAGUGCAGGUUCUACAGUACAGGUAUGAUAUGUAUCUGGUGAGGGCCACCACUCACUGUGUGGAUCAUGGCCUUCUGCAGUAGCCACAGACUCCAUACCAGCCAUAAGAGAAGCCCUACACUGUGUACAUUGCAAUAGUCUAAACAUGAGGUUUCCAAUGCAUGAAUCACAUUAGCCAAAGUAUCUUUGCCCACCCAAGAAAAGAUAACCAACACUGAUUGGUAGGUGGUUUUUGCCCCCUGGGAUUCCAUGGACAACAAUGGUUCCAAGAACUGUUUACCAGUUCUUUCAGAGUGAGUACAGCCUCAUCUAGAACAGUCAAAGUCCUCAAUUCUAGGAGCUGGGAGCUACACACCUGCAGUGUGAUAUAGUGGUUAAGAGCGGUAGACUUAUAAUCUGGGGAACCGGGUUCGCGUCCCUGCUCCUCCACAUGCAGCUGCUGGGUGACCUUGGGCUAGUCACACUUCUCUGAAGUCUCUCAGCCCCACUCACCUCACAGAGUGUUUGUUGUGGGGGAGGAAGGAAAAGGAGAAUGUUAGCCGCUUUGAGACUUUGAGACUCCUUUGGGUAGUGAUAAAGUGGGAUAUCAAAUCCAAGCUCUUCUUGUUCUUCUUCUUAACAGAGCUCAGGUUCAGUUUAUUCACCCUCAUCCAGCCCACCACUGCAUACAGGCACUGGUUCAGCUGCUCCACUGCCUCUCCCGACUCAGAUUUAAUUGAACAAUAGAGUUGGCCGGCACACUGAUGGCACUGAGCCCAGUUCUCCUUAUGACUGUUCCAAGCAGCUUCCUAUAGAUGUUAAAUAGCUUUUUGGGAUAACAUAGUGCCUUGCAGCACCCCACAAAUGAAUUGCCAGGGUGAUAGGCACAUAGUGCCCCAAUGCAAUUCUUUGAGACCAGCCCUGUAAGUAGAAGCAAAACCACUACAGAACAGAGCCUCCAAUCACAAACUCGCAGAGAAAGUUCAUGAGGAUACCAUGGUCAGUGUGGUAUCAAAAGCCACUGAGAGAUCCUACAGAAGCCACAAACAUGGUUGCACUUCCUCUGUCCCUCCCCCAGAGAAGGUAAAAUAUAACUGGAUGCCCAAAACAGCAUUCAGAGAAUAUUCAAAGAAUAUUUGAGCAUCCAUCAAAACUGCAAAGGAGGAUUUUCCACCCAAACUGGAUUCACUUCUAGAGAUUCUCCACUUGCAGUCCUGUAGUAUCCAUAUCACAUGUUUCCACUGCUUGCAUCCAUUUAGUUCUGCCACUUUAAGGCAAAGAGUAUUUUACAUUAUAAUUCUAAGCCAUCUACUCAGAUAUAAAUCCCACUGUGUUUAAUGGGGCUUGCUCCCUAGUUUUAGGAUUGCAUCUUUAGUGGCUGGGGAUAAAUCUGAGGAUAUCUUAAUUGUUGUUUUUAAUCUGCAUUUCAGCAGCUUUUCAUUUUUGCAUUGUAAAUGAGCCUAAAGGAUGGGAUAGGAUAGACAUUUUAAAAUUAAAUCAUGUUAAUAGCAACAAGCCUAAUUAUCUUGUCUGAAAGGAGAACCCCAGCAAUGCUUCAAAACAGAUGUGAACACUGGCGGGCUGGCUGGCUGGCUGGCUCCAAAGUACUGCAGCUUUGGGUUAUCAAAUCAGUAGGAUUGAUUCAGACAUUUUUCUUUUAACCUUUUAACCUUUCUCUUGGUGAAUGGAAAUCUGUAUGAAUAUUGCAUAAGGUCUGAGCCUAUAAGUGCUCAUUCGCUUAACGAAAUGCAUUGGAUAGAUUGGCAAGAAAUUCCCUGUCUUUUUCAGAGCUGCAUCAAUGUGAGAAUACUACUACAAUCAGUCAGGAAAAUCAUCGGUGUCAUUCAGGAGUAAUUCCACUGAAUACCAUUAAUAGCAGUAACCAUUUGCAGGCCUAGUCUUACAUACUGAUGCUUUUUUAAAAAAAAUUAUAAGUAUCUUGAGAAUCCUUAUUAAAUGUGGAAGUUGGUCCAUGGAUUUCAGUGGGAGAUCUUAAAGCAAUUCAAGAUCUUAAACAUUUGCAAAAUUAAAGCUAUGGGCUGGAUACUGACAACCAUGAGCAGCAAGCCACAGAAAGAAGCUAGCAGAAGGGGUCUUUUUCAUUCAUUCAUUCAUUCAUUCAUUCAUUCAUUCAUUCAUUCCUCUCUUCUGCUGCUGGCCUGAAAAGUGACUCCUGACAUCUGGGGAACCUUUCUGAAUGGCAUGGGAUGGAGCAAGAAAGAGGACUGGCCAAAAUCAGGCAUAGGCACCUGGAGUGGAGCUCCGCCCCAUUCCAUGCUGUUCAGGAAGGUCCUCCUACUGCUCCCUAUAAGGGGGGGGGUGAGAAAGAAAAGGGGCAGUUUGUGGAGUUCCUUCCUGACAGCAGUUCUCAGGAUCCAUCUCAGGAUCCAUCCAACACAUUGUUCUAAAAAGCUUUACUUAAGGUCGAUGCUUGUUUCAUUGUAGAUAAAUUUGAUAAAUAUCAUGUGGCUAUAACUUCAUUGCUGUGUAACUCAUGCAAGUACUUUAAAGAGAAAUAGAUUUUAUGUAAAUAUCUGGUUGUGUUCUUUAAUUUGAAACAUGGCAAAUAAAAGAAAUGGAUGGAAACCCAAGAAAAAAACAAACUGCAAAGCAUAUGUAAAUAUAAAACCAUAAUGCACCAAGCAUACAUUAUGCCAUGCCUUAUUAAACAAGCACUCAUUUUUGUAUUUAUUGAAACAGUCAUAUGCUUAUGGUCUUUUUAUUUUCCCACGAAGAUUUCCAAGGUAAAAUGAUAGUCCUUUGACUAUGGUAGGGGCAGGGGAGAGCAGUGAAG